UUUAAAUUAUUCUGAAGCAUUCUACUAAUACACAUUUUAAAUGCGUUAAUCUAGUCAAAUAUAGUCAAUGGAUUAGUGCUCUCUUCAAUAUAUGUUGUACAUUGCUUAUGUGUAAUAAUUUGCUUUGAUUCAAAUUCAGUAUAGAGAUCUGGUAUCUGAAACGCACGGAUUUCCUAAUUUGGAAUAAAUUGCUCUUUUUAUUAUCGUUAUCGCAUAACUAUAUUCCUUGAAGAAAUGGAAGAUUUCCAAACUAAGUACAAUAUUAUCGAUGAAAAACCUCCGUAUAAUUCACAGUUGAAGGCACAAUACAAGCAUUUUCCUUUCUAGGGGAUUUGCCUUCUAUACCAUGAAAGAGCGACUCCCUAUAAUCUUAACACAGGUAAUUGAUUGCCUAUCCAAAGACAAAGAUCAAAUAGUGGAACAUUUUGGUGAGGAGGCCCGCGAAGAACUCAAAAACGCCAUCGGAGAAAUAUCCAAGCUAAAAUAUGAACUACAGACGGAUAAAGAACUUAAACCGAUUUCAACUGAGCUAGGCGAUGAACAGCUGUGGAACGAUUUUUUAGCUACAUUGGGAGAAGCGAAUACUUACUACUCAAGCUGUUGGCUGUACGCGGAAACCUACAUGUACCGGCGACUAAAUAAUAUUUUCGAGCAAACAUCAAGUCUGAAAAAGUUAGAUUAUUUUCAACAACAAAAACAUAAAGCCCUCACAAAUUCAUACGAUGCCAUAUAUGCUGUGCUGCAAUCGUUGGAGCAGUUUAAUAACAGUAAAUCUGACUGGAGUGAGGCAGAAGUGGAAAGUUUUUUUGUCAAAAUGUUGAAGCUAAACCUCUGGGGCAACCGUUGUGAUCUUUCGAUAACAGCUGGCCAGGAAGUCAAGCAGGAUGGUGACCCCUUCAGCCUACUCGAAUCUUGGGACAGUUUCAUCGUUAGUGACCAUUCGGGUGCCAUCUGGGAUUGUGUCCGUAGUUGUAAAGAUGCAACCAUUGACAUCAUUAACGAUAAUUCCGGUUACGAACUGUUCACUGACCUCUGCCUUGCGGACUUCAUCAUUGAGCACCAAUUGGUAAAGCGUGUCAAUUUCAACGUCAAGGCAAUUCCAUGGUACAUUUCAGAUGUAACCCCGAAAGACAUGCAGUGGACGUUAGAUACUCUGGUGGCACACGAAAACCCACUUCUGGCUAAUUUCGGAAAACGAUUAAAAACUCGUUUUGCGAUUGGAAGCUUUUUUCUGAAGCCUGUUAACAAUUUUUGGACCUCACCAUACGAAUUCCAUAGAAUGAAGGAAAUCGAUCCACGGUUAUACGACGAACUGUCCCAGUCGGGGCUACUGAUAUUCAAGGGUGAUCUUAACUACCGGAAGCUACUCGGGGACUUCAACUUCUCCUACACCACACCGUUCCGGGAUACGUUGCGAGAUUUUUUUCCUACCAAUUUGUGCACGCUGCGCACGGUCAAAGCAGAUCUCAUUUGUGGAAUUGCUGAAGGACUUUCGGAAAAGCUGUACGCCAAAGACGACCGGUGGAUGGUCACCGGUGAGUAUGGAGUCAUUCAGUUCACCCACAAAUAGUGUCCAAAUAAUUACUCAUGCAUAUUCCGGUGCGCUUGAUUAGCUAGUUUUAUUUGAAAUUGUAAAUCCUGAUUUCAAAAUUUACUGUGUAGAUGGAAUUUAAGCAUCCUUGUGUAUGCGUCUCUCAUUGUGUUGUUUUUAUUAUGCUUUAAACAAUAUUUUGCUUCAAUAAAAUACAAGUUUCAAUUCAACAGAGAUAAAUUUCAGAAUAUCUGAGAUUAAGGACGCAGAAUAAAUAACGGCUAAGGGUCUUUGAGUUACAGUCGUACGGCGACGAAAAAUUUGUAUGUCAUCAGCAAUCUCAAUCCAAAUACAAAAAGUGUGCCACUGGCGUAAUUAGAAUACAAUCGUGUCCUGAUCCUCGACUGAAUAGAAAUCUAAACUUUUA